CUAUAGAGGGACUCACGAGAGAAUGUUGGUGUUGUUUUAGUGUACGAAGCUGUAUGCAAAUCCAUAGCAGGUCUCGAAGAAUAAUCUAAGUGAAUUUCUGGGCCAGGGUUUAUAGAAAUGUCCAUAAAUAUUGUAACAUCAAUCGGAGGAUCAUGUCCUGGGAUUGCUAGGGAUGUGUAGCCAUGUUUUGAUAUCUUGGUGAGGGAACGCGUCGAUCGGUGAAACCCUGAUGGCACCAAGCGCAAUAAGACUGGCAAAGGCUUGAAAACAGUGCAAAAAAGCCCGAACUGGUGUUGCCUUGGGCGUUUCGGCGAAGACGAAUCCAUUUCAUUGAUUGAGAGAUUUUGAUGAGGAACAGUACCGAUCAUACACAAAAUUAAAUACAGAGCAAAAAACAUCGUGGCCGCCAUGAUCGGCGCCUGCGCAAUUCCCAAAGAGACAAGAAUAAACAAAUAAGGCGAAGCUGCUUCCAGGGCUCACCACAUCGGGAAGGUCGUUCACGUACAACAAGAGGAGGAACGGCCCGAGCAGACUACCUUGAGGCACACCAGAAUGAACUCGGGACAGGUUGGAAAAAGCCCACCGUCAACCAGAACCCUCUAAAAUCUUGUUGUGAGCAUCCAGCGCCUCUCCCAGAUCGUGAAGGACUGUAAGUAGCUGUGUUACGCAGGACCUGCCACUGAUGAAACCGUGCUGAAGGGACGAUUACGUAGGACCUGCCACUGAUGAAGCCGUGCUGAAGGGACGAUAGCAGUUUAAGCAGAUAAGUUAUAAAGAUGGUUUAGAACAAAUCUCUCGUACACCUUGCUAACAAUAGCAAGGAGAGAAAUCGGUCUGUAGUUGGGAAUUUUAGACUUUUUUCUUUUCUUGAUAACAGGCAGAUAGCCAGAACGCAGCGAUAGGUUGAAAAGCGCAUAGAGGGAAGGAGCCAACUGGUCUGCGCACUCGCGUAGCUGUCUUUGUAGAACAAAGAUAAUAGGAGACAAAGCAGCUGCGUACUUACUCCCCUAAAGAGCAGAGAGUCCAAGGACGAGCAUUUUAGAUUUUGUCACUUUAUUUGAUACGUUUAUUUGAUGACCGAAAUAAGCCAAUCAGUGUUCGCCAUCGAACGGAGAACAUGCAAAAACAUGGGGUCUUGUUGCCGGCUCUCAUUUUCCCUUUUCCUCGCCACAGGAAUUCCGAAUCUCCGGAGAGCUAGUCUGUUUUAUCAGCUGCUUUCAGUGUCACGCACUGAAAGCGGCUGCUAAGCAUACUACCGGAGAGCCGGCUAACAGGCUAGUUCAACGUUUGUUGAGAACAUUCAUUGACAGGCGUUCCUUCCUAGCCACAGGCAACCGCAGUAUAAUAUUUUCUGCUCACUUGGAAAAAAAAUAAUCAUAAGUUUGUUUGCACUUAUUAGCCUAUCUUUUAGUCGUUUUACUUAAACUUAAAUUACUUAAAUUUUCUUGCGUGCGCUUUUGGGAUUUCUCUCCGCAGACUUGGGUGGGUUACAUGUUUGUGGGUACCCUGUGGCACUAGACUUGCAGCACUUUCAAAAUGGCGUCCACUAGCAGGCCACUCUUACGUUGUUUCAUCGCGAAUAAGCCGUUUCAUUUGAAGAUUACCCGUGCUAAUUGUAUACGCAAAUCGUUUGUAAGAGGCACCGCAGGUGUAUCUGGCGAUGGAGAUAUCGGAAAUAUUGAUAAUGCUAUCUCAAGACAAAAACUCCAAACUUAUGAGUUCAAAAAGAUUUUACCUAUAUCUGAUGCAAGGUCAAGUCAAGUUUCUCGUAAUGUUUCUCAUCAGCCGCUGUGGAUCAUGCCAUUUAGAAUAACCUCUGGUGGGAAAUAUGUCAUUCACUUGCUCCAAAAAUACCAACCGGAGAAGGCUCUUGUGCUUGUUAGAUCUAAAGCUUUGGUAAGGGAACUAAAGGCUGAACUUGAAGAGAAUGGCUUUUGUUGUAUUGAAUACCGCUCAGCAGAUACUCCUUAUUCCAGCGAGAUUGAGUCCACUCAUGGUAGCAUCAGUCCAGUUGCUUUGGCAACUGAUGAAGAUGCUGGCACUUGGAGGGUGUUCCCUCAGGUUGACUUGCUCAUUCUAGUGCAACAACCACAAACUGGUCUUAAUGUCAUGAGAAAAGCUCUGAGUUCAUCCAAUUUCAUUAGAAGUGAUGGAAAGGCAGUAUUCAUGUACACACAAAAUGAUUAUCCUUUUAUUAACAAGCUCCAGAAAAAUAAUUUUGUUGUGAACCAAUUGACUCCCCCAUCGUUCUACCAAGAUAACACCAUGCUCAGAGCUACACAGUUUUGCUCGGAGCUGACCAGAACAGAACAGGAUGGAGAGGCCUCAUCCUUAGCACUCCACCACAGGAGUCCCGAACCUGAAUUACAAGCCCCACUUCCCGCCAAAACUCCUCAGUAUGCUGUGUUUCACCCACCUGUCCCAGUCUCCUCGCACAUUUCAGAGCGAGGCAGGCUUUGUGACCACGCUCGGUUGUAUGUCCGUGGGGGGUCUGGCGGCCAGGGUUCUAUGGCGCAUGCGGGAAUGGGCGGAGAUGGUGGUGACGUCAUUCUGGAGUGCCGCGAUGGAGCCAGUCUACAACCUUUCACUUUGCGGGAAAAUCGACGAUUCACUGCGGGUCGCGGGACUCAUUACUCCAGCCUUAAAAGGCGGAAGAGAGGUAUCAGGGGACUGGAUCUAGUCGUGCCAGUCCCUCCCGGUACAACUGUUACCACUGACGAUGGCCGAUUUAUUGGCAAGCUGGAGGAGCUUGGCACCAGGCUCCUGGUAGCCCGAGGUGGCCGUGGGGGAAAUCCUUCGACCGAAGACUGGGGCGGUGAGAAAGGAAACGCCUGCAUUAUUAGGAUCGAUUUGAAACUCGCCGCGGACGUAGGCCUUGUAGGUUUCCCAAAUGCUGGCAAGUCCACCCUUCUUGGUAUGUUAACACAAGCUGACCCUACUGUCGCUGAUUACCCCUUUACCACGCUACGACCAGUAAUCGGCAUGCUGGGGCAACACGACGAUUCUCAGAUCAGUGUGGCAGACUUACCAGGCCUUGUAGAAGGAGCACAUCUCAAUCGAGGAAUGGGACACAAAUUUCUUAAGCACGUGGAAGGCACUAGACUUCUGGCCCUAGUGGUUGAUGUAAACGGGUUUCAGUUGUCGAGUGCACAUCCGAGGAGGACUGCAUUUGAGUCAUUAUGUCUACUGUUGAAGGAGCUUGUUUUGUACGAGAGCAGGCUGACAUACCAGCCCAAGCUCUUGAUUGUGAGUAAAAUGGACUGUGAACGGGCGGACUCAAAAUACCAGGAAUUGCUGGAGCAGCUACAAACACUUCGUAACCCAGGGGGACUACUAGUCGCACUCGGACAGAUCUCCGCUGAUUCGCCGGCCUCGCAGGAGCCGGGACUAAGGGAUCUUUUGGACAUGCGCAGUGUCGAGUUUGAUGACGUCAUACCGAUCUCUGCCUUAUCAGGGGAGGGAAUGGAGCGCAUGCGCGAACGAAUAAAUGAGAUGGUUCCAGGAUCACAGGGAAGGAGCUGACUUUUAAGCUUUUUUUAAAUUUUGUUUUAGUAUAAAACUUUCCAGCCUAUUAAGGCCGAAAGGGCUGUUUACACCAUGCUGGGAGGUGUGAAGUGUUUCUCCAACAUUUCCUUCGUCUUUUGUUCAACCGAGCUAGCUGAUGUACUGUUUGCGGGAGGUUUCAAGGAAAGAGUAGUUUGUUCACUCAGCUACGCAGUUAUGUACACAUUGUAAGAACAUUGUAUCAUAUGAGUGAUUUUAUGCCGUGUGCAAUCGCUUGAAA